AUACAGGAAAAUAAGAAGGAACUAGUAGAGUUGAGGAAGUUCAGUCUACCACUUCCCAUGUUGUCAGCCAUUAAAAAAACGCCUGAUACAAGGAAUCAUGAGAUCAUUCAGAGUCUUUCAAGCCGCAGACAUGGACCGGUUGUUUUGGCUUUCUCUCCUGCUCGCCCACCCGUUGGUCACAGCUGACAAGGAUACAUGUCAUGUCUAUAUAUCACAGUCAAACAACAUAAUCUGGAAGAAAAUAGGGGAAGAAGCUGUUUUCAAUUGUACAGUCAUUUCCAGCUGUUCAGUACAAUUUUACUGGUUCAAAGAAAACGUCUCUCUACCGCUUAAUAUGAGUAACAAGUACCCAGGAGGAGCGUCUUUACAAAUUAAUUCACUUAAAGCGAGUGACAGUGGGAUCUACUUCUGUGCCGCAGCAGAUCAUACUGGGUGCUGCACACCGUUUGUAGGGGAGGGAGCAACUCUUGUAGUGAGAGAAAAUGCUAAAAUAGUGAUGGGAAGAAUUUUGUGGGUAUCAUUUGUCCUCUUGGCCGUCUACAGCUUGGCUAUAGUGACGCUCAUCUUUCUAAAGAAGCAUGGCUGGAAUAUGAACGUCUGCAAAAAGACAUCCAAAAACGACAAGAAAAACGCAAAUAAAAAAGUACAGUUCCAGGACGUGCUGAAAGAAAUGCACAAGAAGAGAAACAUGGAGAAAAACAAUCAAACAGCAAGCAGAAGCUCUUCUGAAGCUGAGGCCUCGAGCAACGACCUGCAGCAUUCUUCUGAUGACAUCUAUCAAAAUGUCUAAGCUUCAUUCAAGGAAUUGAUGAAUUCAGACCUCCAUCAUCUUGACGGAAAGGAAAUUGUAAAGCCAUUAAACACCGGCUGGAUUAUGCUGUUCCGAGUCUGAGGAAACAAGCAAGUGUGCAAAGGAUGCAAGUCAUUUGUGCUUGUUGCUUAUCUUUUCUCAUGAAAUGAGACAUGAAAACUACAACACCAGUGUGGACCAGGCGACCCUUUCCUCUCUAAAUGUUAAGGCUCUUACGCAGCCCGCCUCUCACAAAGCAUUCGAAGUUCUGUUGGUCUCCACCGCGCUUCCACAGCUUCCUUCUUGCUCAUAACAACUUUUUCCAAGGAUUUUAUUUUCAGGACUUUCUGCAACACAAAAGGGGGAUAAUUAGAUGAUCCACAUUAGAGGAAUUACAUCUGAAUUUCACUUCUACAAAAAGCAAAAUGUUACACCUUUUAUUGCACGAAUCAUUAAUCACGAUGAUUACUGACAGUGAACUGACAUGAAAUGAUAAAGCCAUUUCUCAUUAAAGGAGUCAUGGCACUUUUUUGAUAGCGCUUAAUGUUUGUUACAUUAUUGACCAAGAAUUUCUUAAAAAUAUUCUUAAAAUUGAAUCAAAAACAUAAACGUACCACGGAUAGAUUUUUUACCAUUUUUAAUUAGAAACAAUACAUUUAUAGAAUCUGAUACCAAAACAUAGAACAAAAUACAGCACAUGUCUGUAUGUCAAAUACAGCUUAUGUUAUAAUAGGAAAAGAGAGGGCAUUGUUUCUCUUUAGAGAAAUCACAGUAAACUUAUUUAUUAAUUCACAUUAAGGCGGUGUUUACCAUUCUGAUCCAGCUGCGAGGCAUAUCCCAUCCCCUAAAUCUCAAUACAUUUUACAUUAGAAUGUCCAUUAAUACACUGGAAUAUAAUCCUUAGAUUAGUUUUCACCAUUUACCGAAACAUCCUUCAUUCAAAGUCUGCAUAAACUGCCCCAUUUGGGGCUUCUCUCUACUGUAAACUAUCAAAUACGGGUGAUGUGAGCCACUUGAAUAAUAUUUUUUUUGUAAA